AGAAGACCGCUAAGAAUGUCCGGUAAAUUCUUCCAGUGGAUUCGCUCCAGCGACAUGACUUACGUGAACAUGCUGAUUCACGAGACAGCACUUCACGAUUUUGUCGACAAAAUUGGAACGAUGAACAAUGUUCAGUUUACAGAUUUGAACUAUGAGCAAACCCUUGCACAGAGACGCUAUGUAAGCUACAUUCGUCGUUGUGAUGAGAUGGAACGUCGUAUCGAAUACUUCAAGGCUCAAUUGGCUCGCUACAACUUGAAGCCUGAGGAAGGCAUUGAGAUUGAAGAUUAUUUGAACACCAUUGGAGCCGAUCGAAACGUGACCUCCGAGUACCUUCUCACCUCUCUGGAAUCGCUCCUGGAGAAGCAGGAGAGCCAGCUGCGUCAGUACAACGACUACAACGUGACGCUGACGAAGCAGUACAAUCAGAAGGUGGAGCAGCGCUUCGUUCUGGAGCUGACGAGCGGCUUCUUCAAAGAAAGCUACACCAAAAUGAAGGAAGAGCAGGUCGCUCUCCCUCAGGACACGUACAGCAACCUAGAAAAAGCGAGUUCGAUCCGCUUCGGCUACAUCGCGGGUAUUCUGAAGGACGAAGACAAGCUCUCCUUCGAGCGGAUGCUCUUCCGCGCGACGCGCGGGAACUGCUUCGUGCGGUUCGCUCGCAUCGACACGCCGCUGGCGGACGCGGAGACGGGCAAAGACGUGUACAUGUGCGCGUUCCUGCUGUUCUUCCGGUCCUCGCUGAUCGAAAGCAAGGUGCGCCGCAUCAUCGAUUCGUUCGAGGGCCACGUGUACGACGUGGACUUCACGCAGCCCGCCGAGGUGAGUUCGGCCUACCAGCAAGUGAUCACGGAGCUGGAGGACGCGGAGCGCGUGCUGAACCUCAACAUCGACAAGUGCGAGACGCUGCUGCGGAACGUGGCGAAGUACAUCAAGACCUGGGAGUGGACGAUCAAGAAGGAGAAGGCGGUGUACGACGUGUUCAAUAAGUUCCGGUCGGUGCCGAGCGGGAACAUGUACGGCGAGGGCUGGGUGCUUACUGAGACGGUGGACAGCAUCCGCGAGGUCAUCGCGGACGUGCACCGCGGCAAGGAGUCGUCGGGAUAUCUGGCCGUGAUGAGCAAGCCGUGGCCGAAGCCGCCGACGCACUUCUACACGAACGAGUUCACGUCGAUCACGCAGUGCGUGGUGGACACGUACGGCGUGCCGUCGUACAAGGAGUGCAACCCCGCCGUGUUCACGCUGGUGACGUUCCCCUUCCAGUUCGGAGUGAUGUUCGGCGAUUUCGGACACGCCAUCUUCAUCACGCUGGCCGCCAUCUACUUCCUCUACUUCUCGAAGCAGCUCAAGAAGAACGGCAUGAACGAGAUGAUCAGCAUGAUCUUCUCGGGCCGCUGCAUGCUGAUUUUGAUGGGCGUGUUCGCAAUGUACGUGGGCUUCCUCUACAACGAUCAGUUCUCGCUGGGCGUGGACUGGUUCGGCACCACUUGGAAGUUCGAGGGCUCCAACACCGCGGUGUGGACGGGCCGCGUGUACCCGUUCGGUCUGGACCCCGUGUGGCACGACAAGUCGAACUCGCUGCUCUUCUACAACUCCUUCAAGAUGAAGUUCGCGGUGAUCUUCGGCGUGGCGCAGAUGAUCCUCGGAGUGUGUCUGAAGUUCAUGAACGUGUUCUACCACCACGACUGGGUCGAUCUCUUCUGCGAGGCCAUUCCCCAGAUGCUCUAUCUGCUGUCCUUCUUCGGCUGGAUGGUCGUGAUGAUCAUCAUGAAGUGGCUCAUCAACUGGGACGCGCGCAUGGCGGAGCAUCGCGAUCCGCCGCAGCUGAUCAACAUGCUCAUCGACUUCGCGCUGCACCCCGGCGUGAUCGAGGAGAAGCAGCGCCUCUUCCCCUCGCAGGACAAGGUCCAGCUCUACCUGCUUCUCGCGAUGGUCAUCUCCAUUCCCUGGAUGCUCCUCCUCAAGCCCUUCGUCCUCCACCUCAAGCACAAGCGCCACCCCCACGAGGAGCCGCAGACCGAGCUGAUGGCCAACCCCACGCUCCCGCACGAGGACGAGGAGCCCACCUCGCUGUCGGAGCUCUUCAUCUUCCAGGGCAUCGAGACCAUCGAGUUCUGUCUGGGCUGCGUGUCCCACACCGCGUCCUACCUGCGUCUCUGGGCGCUGUCCCUCGCGCACUCGCAGCUCUCGGAGGUCUUCUGGGGCAAGAUCAUGCAGCCCGCCGUGCUCAGCGGCAACCCCAUCGCGCUCUACGUGCUCUUCGUGUUCUUCGCGCUGGUCACGCUCGGUGUGCUGCUCGUGAUGGACGCGCUGGAGUGCUACCUGCACGCGCUGCGUCUCCACUGGGUCGAGUUCCAGGACAAGUUCUACAAUGGAAAGGGAUACAAGUUCGCUCCCCUCAACUUCCACGAUUUGCUCGUCGGAGAGGACUGGUAACUCUGCAGUUGGGUCGUUGACU